AUGUGGCGCCUACUCGGAUGGUCUUCUAACUCCACAGAGAAAGAGCACCCACGAGGUAUUCCGGCAUCAUGGUACCGCUCCGAAGCUAUGUACCAGCUUGAGCGACGUGCCAUUUUCUCUAAACGCUGGUUACUCCUCACCCACUCCUCUCGAUUCGCCAAGAACGGCGACUACCUAUCUUUCACCAUCGCGAACCUAUCCUUCUUCCUAGUUCGAGACCGUGACGGAAAUAUCAAUGGCUUUCAUAAUGUCUGCCGACACCGCGCGUUCCCAGUUGUACAAUCUCGCUCGGGCUCAGCUUCAAUUCUCACCUGCAGAUAUCACGGCUGGUCAUACGGGUUGAAAGGAAAUCUUUCAAAGGCCCCUCGAUUCGAGACCGUUCCCGAUUUCGACAAAACUCAACAAGGACUGCUUCCUAUCCACGUCCACAUUGAUAAGGCCGGAUUUGUCUGGGUUAAUCUUCAAGCUGGUGACCCUGAAGUCAAAUGGGACGAGGAAUAUCAGAAGAUUGAUCAACAGCCGAGGAUGCAAGAUUUCGAUUUUGCCGGUGAAUACACAUUCGAUCAUUACUGGGAGAUGAACGUCGAUGCCAAUUGGAAGGGGCUGAUUGAGAACUACAAUGAGUGCUACCAUUGCGCCACCUCUCACCCGCUUAUCAAUGGAGUAUCUGAUCUUCCCAAGUAUAAAGUGGAGCCAAAUGCUGCAUAUAUGGAACAUCAUAUUUUCAACAAAGAACAGGCCGACAGCCAGUUCCGUCGAGCCAUUACUUACUUCUUCCCGACGACAUCAGUCACCGUCACGUAUGUACAUUCUUAA